GGCCCACAACCGUUGCUUGUGCAGAUCGAGUAGACACAGGUAAGACGUCAUAGGUUGUUGUUCUCUCAACGUCGCGAAAUGUCGAAAAAACAUAAAGUCAACACACUCUCCCCAGAGCAAGAGGUUGCGAUCCAUCAGGACCAACACUUCACGCCACCAAAACAGCGUCUUCCCAUCCGCAGCUGGCCUCAUCCACAAGAGAUGGAUGGAGACGAUGGCGCCCAGUUCAGAACCCCCAAGAAGAGGAGGAAUCUGACUGAAGAUCUGCGGUUCAUAGCUGAGGACGUGGCUCAGGAGGGCAUGAGCACACAAGAGGAGAACACACUCUCCCCAGAGCAGGAGGCUGCGAUCCAUCAGGACCAACACUUCACGCCACCAAAACAGCGUCUUCCCAUCCGCAGCUGGCCUCAUCCACAAGAGAUGGAUGGAGACGAUGGCGCCCAGUUCAGAACCCCAAAGAAGAGGAGGAAUCUGACUAAUGAUCUGCGGUUAAUAGCUGAGGAUGUGGCUCAUGAGGGCAUGAGCACACAAGAGGAGGAUCUGCUGGACAAGGGACUGCUCGAGGAAGAGACGGACGAGGAAGAGAUGGAACCUGACCCAGAGGCAAAGCGUGCAUCCGACGGUGUUUCCUUUCCCUCCUACUCUGACGCUGAUUUAAACGCACCAAAUCCUAUCCCAUUUACUCCUAGACGUCCUUAUGGUAUUGACUUAGGAAACGUAUGUGAGGCUCUGCUGUCCACCACAAAGAAGAUGUCGCAAGAAAUGAGGUUUUUCAUGCUGUUUUUUACUGAGGCUGUAGUUGCUGACAUAUGCAGCUUUACAAAUAGUCAGGGGUGGGCGCUCGUCCUAAACUGCGCGACAUAUUCCAGCUACAAUGGAACUUGGACGGAGGUGACCGUCAAUGAAUUUUACAAAUUUCUUGGUUUGCUCAUUUACAUGGGCUUUUCAGUUCUCCCUGAUUCCCACCGCCAUUGGGGAACCAAGUCACUUCAGGGUUCGUGGGCAAGGGGAUUUAUGUCGCGUGACCGCUUCAAGGCUAUUUUGGCAGCUCUACAUGUUGUAGACCCUCUCACGGAGGAUAAUCAGGAUCGUCUUAAGAAGUUGCGUUAUCUUAUGGACCACCUCAAACAAAAAUGCCAACAGCUCUUUCAGCCUAACCAAAAUCUCUCAAUAGAUGAACGUAUGGUCAAGUCUAAAGGUCGGUCAGGAUUUAAACAAUACAUGAAGCGCAAGCCUACUCGGUGGGGUUUCAAGUUAUGGGUAAUUGCAACAUCAGACUCAGGGUAUACUCUGGACUUUAAUGUCUACACAGGUAGUAGUGUUGAGCGUGACACUGACUUGGCUACUACAGUAGUUGAAUCCUUACUGCAGCCAUUCAAAGACCAGGGCCACAAUGUUUGGUUUGACAACUUUUACACAUCCCCAGCUCUCAUGGUGAAGUUGUCAGAAAUGGGAAUUAACGCCUGUGGGACAUGCAAGGUGAAUCGGAAACAGAUUCCUGCAGAAUAUAAAGACGUCAAAAGAUGGGAACGCAUGACAACUCGUGGGGAUAUGAGGUGGUGUAGGAUUGAGGGGAAUAUACUUCUAAUCCAGUGGAAGGACUCGCGUGCCGUCACAGUCCUCUCUAAUUUCCACAAUGCAAAUGAUAUGACUGAAACAACUAGGUUUGUAAAACAUGGUGGCAACUGGACAAAGGAAAUAGCCCCCCAGCCCACUGUCAUCAGUGAUUAUAACAAAAACAUGGGUGGUGUUGAUAGGUCAGACCAAAUGAUAAAAUCGUAUGACGUCCUACAAAAAACUCAUAAGUGGUGGAAGACUCUUUUUUUCCACUUCAUAGACAUUGCCGUAGUAAACAGUUUCAUAUUGUUUAAGGAAUGGCAAGUUAUUAAUGGGAAACCAAAGGAUAAGUCUAGACUAAUGAACAUAACACAGAUAGAUUUCAGAGAAAACCUAGCACGUCAGCUGGGAGGUAUCCAUAUUCAAGCGAGCUUCCCUUUGCAUUCACCAAAGCGUGUUGUCCCUCUUCCACCUCCACCAUCAGUCCACACAGUCCAUGUCCCUAUAUUGGAAGAGACCUCUAGGAGAUGUUGGCUAUGCUAUCGGAAACGAAAGGCUGAGCAUAAAACCAAAGUAGUUUGUUGCGCACCAGAAUGUAAUGGCAAGAGACUUUGCUUGGUUCGUGAUAGGAACUGUUUUCAGUCUUGGCACUCGGCUGAGUGUGACCAGUUUCGUUAAGUGGCUCAGGUUCUAAAUAGAAAAGGAAGUGUUGUUGUUGUCUUUUCCCCCUGCCUCUUUUCACCCUCUCUUCUCUUCACAGGUGUUGCAGUUAAAUGUUUAUACAUGUAUGGAUCUUCUGUUCAUGCACUCUUACACGUUAAAAAUGUAUUUACUUUAGCCUAGAUAGUUUGAUUUGGUAUGUUUUUGUUGUGUUAUUUGUUCACCCCACAGUCUUAUGUUCAAAUUAACUAAAGUGUGUGUCUUUUUUUAACACAAAUGUGUAUUUCAGUGUUUGUGUUGUGUCGUUUCAGAUGCAAUCUCAAUGUAUUAUUACAGGUGCUCAAAAGAGUAUUUGAGGAGUGUUCAUGUGAAAUGUAUCUUGACAUUCUAAGGAGCA